GCCCAGGGGAGAGGAGGUGCUCGUCCCCUCCCCACACCUGGCACUCUCACCUGCUGUGUGAGGGCUUCUCAGUGAGGGAACACUGCACACUACAAUCACCUAUGCGAGAAAAUACCGCCCAGGGAAAAGUGGCGCAGGGGUCGAGUCACAGGUCCUAGUCCCGCCUCGUAACUGUGUUUUAGCUAGGUGGUCAGUGAGCUGCCACCAGACGAGUGUCAGCAACUAUGACCUAUACUUAGACUGUGUUGCCUUCGCUGCAAGGUGAAGGAAGGCAGAGGGAGUGAUCACAAGCGGUGUACACACUGUGUGCAAGAACACCUUGUGAAUAUUUAGUGUAGUGUGCGUGUGUGUAAAGGAAACGUAAGGGAAGAUGGAGUGAUAUACCACAAGAGGCAGAUAUCAAGGGGACAUCAGUGAGGCUAGUGGCCAUGGAUCACCUGUCUCUCGUCCUGCACCUGACAUGGCUGCUCCUACUCACCUUCCUGCUGACUCCGAGACUAGGAGAGAGCCGUGCAGGGGUACAGGAGGGACCUCAGUUCCUGGUGGAGCCUCCCCACUCCCUAUCCUUUCUCAACACCACUGGCGCCGCCCUUCACUGCUCUGCCCACGGCAACCCCAUGCCCAUGGUAUCGUGGGUGGUAGGGGAGGCCGGGUUACAGCCAGCCACCACAGUGGUGGGGGUGAGGGAGAUCUUGCCCAAUGGCUCCCUCAUCUUCCUGCCCUUCAGUCCUCGCUCCUACAGGCAGGAUGUUCACGCCUCCUCUUACAGGUGUCUGGCUUCUUCUUCCGUAGGCCGGAUCGUCUCCAGGACCGUCACCGUCAGAGCUGCUUCUGGUAAAUUUGUAUAUCUCACAUUCCACGGACACUAUAUGACUCCUACGGGUUUAGUGCUUUCCAUUGAUUACAUCAUAACCAUUGUGAAGGUAUCAGUCUUCAGCGGCUGA